UCAUCAGCUGAAGAUGAAAGCAAGGUGGCUCUUCUCUCUCUUUUGUGUGCUCUCAGUGCCCAGUGUCACAGCCCAGACUGCAGAUGUCAUUACCCAGACAGAAGCAGUGCAUGCUCUGCCAGGUACUGAUGUGACCCUGGUGUGCAUGUUCCCAAAACUUCACAGCACCCACAUCAUCCAGACACAGUGGUCCAAGACUAAUGGCAGCUCAUCUGCCAAAAUAGCUGUUCAUCACCCCACCUAUGGCACCCAUUACUUCCAUUUUUCUGAGGCUCCUUACAACAUUUCCGUGUCCUUCAGCAGAAGGAGGUGCUGCAGUGGGGAUGGCACAGGGUCCUUGUGUUCCACCAACCCUAAUGCCACAUCUGAAUGCAGUUGGUGGGCUCUGCAUCUGGAAAAUGUUACUGUGUCCCUUAGUGGGCAGUACGAAUGCACUUUUGCUACUUAUCCAUAUGGGACAAAGGCUGCAAAAAUUCAACUUACUGUCAAGGCAGAAGAGGAGAGGCACUACCUGAAGAAAGUGUGGUUAAAGCAGACUUUAGAAAUUCCAUGCCUUGAGGACGUGACCUCAGAAAAUUUGUCCACUUAUCCUUUGAAAUGGCUAGUGGGUGAAAAUGGGAGGAAAGAGGAGCUUGUGACCAAGGAGCCCUCCUGUCCUGCUGUCUACAGGAACAGCAGCUUGCUGCAUGGGCAAAGACUCCUCCUGGGUUUGAACAACACCCUAAAGGUUUUCCCCACCAAAAUCACUGAUGAUGGCAGGGUCUUUUCCUGCCACGUGCUGCAGCACCCAGAGAGGGUCCAGAAGAGCAGCACCACUGUGAGAGUAUUUGCUUUACCUGAGAUCUCCAUCAGCCUGCAGGAGGGCUCAGCCAGCACCUUGCAGAAGCCCAGUGUGAGCUGUGUGGUGAGGAAGGCGUUUCCCAAGCCAAGGCUCCUGUGGUACAUGGACAGAGCAAUCCUGACAGAGCAGCCUGCAGAAAUUUCUGUGGUACAAGAAGACUUGCAAGACAGUGAAGGUUUCUAUGAGUUGAGAUCAACACUGAUGCUGCAAGGGACCCAUGAGACACAUAAGGCAUUCUCGUGUGUGUGUCUGUUCCCCUCCCCAGGAAAUGAAACAAGGAAUAUCUCAUCAGAAGAAAUAUUUGUUUCCUUCGACAAUAAGUCUAAUGAAGCCUCAGCUGAAGUUUUUACUACCACAGCUUCAGAUGACUUCAGCAAUUCAACACUUACAUCAGCUGUCACGACAGCCUCAGAGCACCAGUCGACAUCUGUGGCCUCUCUGGAUUUCACAACUCAAGCAAAUUUGGCUCCUGCUUCCACAGCACAAGGAGCACUGACUUCUACCAGAGAGGCAAAAGGCUACACCAGUGCCACAGCAUUCAGUGAGACUUUGGAAACAGCACAUGAGGAGACAACACAUCUCCUGUGCUGCUCAAGACUGCGACAGAGGAGUUAUGAAGCAGAGUGUAACCUGUCCUACAGCAUCACAGACCAGACAAUUUCAGUUUCCAGAGGAAAAGAUUUCUUUCCUACCAGCAGCCUGCUGAACAGUACUGGUGACAGGAGGAACACCAAAGCCAGUCGCUUCCCCUGGCCAACAGUGGUGGCUGUCCUGCUCCUCUCCUGCAGCUUUCUGGUAGCCUUAGGCAUCAGGAAAUGGUGCCAGUACCAGAAAGAGAUUAUGAGCAGACCUCCAUCUUUCAAGCCACCUCCACCUCCAAUAAAGUACACCUCCAUGGUGGAGCCUGAUGGGACCCCCCCAUCCUGCCACGAGCUGGAGAACCUGUAACGUCACCUGCACCCCUUGUGCAGCACACAGAAGACUGGCACAGUUAACAGGCUCAGCCUUUAGAGCAGCAGCUUGGUGUUAAUGACCCAUAUUAAAAUUCAGAGCUCCUACACGACACUGAGUUUGGAAGCUGAGCGCUCCUUGGGUCGCUCCUUGCAUCCCGUGUAUCUCUGUGUAUGCACUACCUUAACAGAGUGUCACUGGGAGAUUACAUGUGCUCAAUUUGAAUUGGGUGAUCAGCGGGGAAUUUGCCUCUUGUCCAUGGCAGCAGAUUAACACAUCACUCUGCCAGCCUGACUGAAGAGUGUUGAAGCUUGUCCAUCUAUUAAAUGUACAGAGAUGACAGCUCUGCUGUAUUGACACCAGGGUUACACAGGAAAUAGUGGAUGAACACAAGAUUUUGAGACCUACACUAGCUGUUCUUGCCAUUUUUUAUUCUUACUGUGGACUAACAUAGCCCAACAUAUAAUUUUCUAUCAAUGUGAAACCAAAAGAAAGAAUCAGCACCAUACACAGAAAGAAAAUCACCUGCAUCUCUUGGCACAGGAUUGCAGCACGGAUCAUGGAGGGUGGUUGGUGAGACGAAGGAUCAUGGUCUGGUGCGAGUGUAUGCAAAGAAAUCCCAGCUGUCAUUGGUGAAGUCACAAGAAAGUUAAUUUUGGGCCAGAGACUUUAGGACUGAAGCACGCCUAAAGUUAAUGGAAAAUUCUAGUCCUUUUGGAAGUG